AUGGCUCCCCUCCUCACGGCCACCCCGUCCGCAUACUCACCUUACCCCUACACAUUCCCCCCCCUCUUCGACCGCGUGGCCAGGGAGGCGUCCCUGGACGGGGGCCUGCGCCUGCUGCGUCUCUCGGUGGAGGACCGGGUGCAGUACCUGGACGGGAGGAAAGUGCGGCAGGUGCAGCGCCGCCCCCGCUGGCGCGACGACUUCCGCUUCCCGGGCCAGUCGGUGGCCCUGCGCUUCUGCCCCGGCCCCGGCGCCGCCGACGUGGAUGGCUGCGCCGCCGACGGCUCGGCCACGGUGCGCUUCGCCCUCGCCUCCUCCCCCACCAGCGCCCGAAACGAGUCGGCGGGGCUGGACGCCAGGCUGGUGGAGCUGCUGCUGGACACGCGCGCGCGGGACAGCGCCGCCAGCCUGGCCGCGCAGGAGCCGGGCACGCCGCUGGAGGUCAGCCAGGUGCUGGGACGGGGCUUCUCCUCGGUGCUCUCGCUGGGGGCUGACCUGGCGACGGCGCUGGAGGAGCAGCGGCCGCUCCUCCUGCUGGGGGCCAGCCCUGGCGGCGUGGCGGCGCUCCGUUCCGCGCUUUCCUGGACCCCCCUGCUGGCCCACGCCGCACAGCACCCUGUGGUGGCGGUCGUACUCGCGCCCUCGCCCACCGCCGCGCCCUUUGUGGUGGAGUGGGAGGAGUGGCGGCAGGCGGGGGUGAAGCUGCACAGCCUGGGGGCGCUGCUGGGGUCGGGGCCGGCGGGACUGCGCGCGCUGCUGGGGCCCAGGGCUCGCGAGGCCUGCGUCCUGCUGUCCGGCAUUCCACCGGAGCAGGGCGCCGAGCUGGCAAAGAGGCUGGCAGAGGCCGGGGUGCAUGGGCGUUCGAUCCUGGUGGCAGACGCCGGGGCGGUAGGCCUGGACUGA